AUCCAAGCUAUCAUCACCAAGACUAUAUCAACUCGAUUGAGCUUCACUACUUCACUUGACUUGACUCUUGAAGAUGAUCAAAUCAGAUUCAUCAAAAAAGAAAAUCAACUCUUCAUCUUCAUCAUCUUCAUCAUCUGACUCAUCAGUCUUCGAUAGAUUAAUUCAAACACAACAACCAAUCAUCCUACUUCAUUCAACUCUUCUCAACUAGAACUCUCUUCAGAUCUCGAUUCAUCUCUCAUCACUCCUACUCAAUCUAUCACCAAGAUGAUGAAUCUCAAUCUACAUCAACUUCAACCUCCUACUCCUACUUUCAACUCAAUCUCAAUUUAUCAAUCAUCUUCACCUAAACCCGUCUUAUCUCUCGAUUCAAACUCAAACUGGCACUCCUCAUCGUCUGAUCCUUCUCUAAAUCAAAAUCAAGAUCAUAUCAUCAGUCCUUUAACUUCAAUCAAAACUCCAACUGCUUCAUCAUCUUCUCCAAUCCAACAACUCACCCCUUCCAACUUGACUAAAUCAUUCAAGUCACAAUCUAUCUUGGGAUCUCAUUCUUGUGACUCUAAACGAUUUCAACAUAGAUGGAGUUCAGGUUCACAUUCCAUCAGUCCAAAAGAUGCCAUCUCAUUGGAAUCCUCCUCACCACGUCUACAUCACCUUUCGCCACUCAGUCCUAAAGCUUUCAUCCAUCCGAACACUGUCCUUGGACCUCAUCCUUCCUCAUCUUCUCCACAUCGUCGUACUCACUCUGGAGCUCCACUCCUCUCAUCUCUUUUAUCUCCUGCCUCAAAACGAAUCUCAUGGAAUCCGACCCCAAACGAUCCUUCUACUCCUGUUCGAAAUCGUGCUCAUUUCUCUUGGGCUUCACCUUACGUUGCUUCUUCACCCGAACCGGCAAUGCCUAUGACCGAAGAUGAGAUUCAAUCUAUUGAAAGUCUGGGUGUUAAAAUCGUAGACUGUACAUCAACAAGUCAUCUCAAUCAUACUUCAAGUCCUUUUCUCUCUACCAGACCAUCAAGGUCAACAUCCAUCAAUUGCAAAAGUCCUUCUCAUCGAAAUUCGAUUGCAUCUGCUAAACGUCGAAGAUCACUCAAACUUCAAUCUGAUGGUUCAAACCUUUCCCCUCUUGGUCCGAUUACUGGAUCACUUCUUAGUUUACCGGACCGAAUUUCAAAUGCAGCUACUCCUAUCCAACCUACACCUGUCAAUGCAGAUCAACUAAUAGAUUUGAUGAACAGAGCUGGAAGAGGGAAAGAAAACGAUAUUCACUCGUCUCUUUUGAUCAUUGAUCUUAGGAGCUUACCUCAGUAUCUAGGGUCUGAAGGUCGACUCAAAGGGUCCAUUAAUGUUAACUUUCCAUCAUUGUUAAUCAAGCGAUUUCGAAAAGGACAUCAUGGUCAAUUUCAACUUGGCUCUUUCAUCACUACCGAAGUUGGUAAACGAUAUUAUGCAAAGCUAGAGAAAACUCAUCGAUCCCGCCAUGAAACGAGUCAAGUUUUAGAUGAAGUGGACAUCUGUGUCAUUGAUGAUGAUUUGGCGUCGGAUGAGAAUUCAAGACAGAAACCCAAAGAAGCCAUUGGUACAAUCUUGUUGGAUGUGUUACAUCAACGAAAACGUAUCAAUCAUGGACUUUACUUUCUCAAUGAAUCUUUCAAGAGAUUUGUUGAUAAUCCGGAUGCUAAACGAUGGCUAGUGACUGGUGAAUGUGAAAGAAACAGUUACGACUCGAGUGAGGCUUUUGACAUGAUCAGUCCUACGGAUCGAUCAGAGCAGUACGAGGUUUCAAGUGGAUCAGGACCUCAAGGCUUAAGAAGGUUACAACCUAGUGGACCUUUGAAAGGGUCACUUCCGUCGAUUGAAAAAGGUCCCAAGUUGAUUAUUCCGGAGACGACAUCAUCAGCUAGUUCAUCAGCUUGUGAUUCAUCUACUUCGAAUACACAAUCACUUCGAUUAAUGUUGGGAAAUAAGCUUACGGUUCAAAGUAGUAAAAAGAACAAACCACCUAAACUUCGAAGGAUUGAUACUUCUGAAUCAUCACUUAGUGCACCAAGAUCACAUCAUCUGAAUGAAAAUGGCACAAGUGCAGCAUCGUCAUCUAAAUUAUCAUCUGAAGGAGGAUACACUAGAUUAUCACCCAACACAGGAGGUUCUAGAUUACCAUCACCACUUGGAGCAGGAGUAGGAGCAAGACCAGUAUCAUGUCAUACACCUAGAGUCGAUCGAACCAACCUUGGUGUAGGUCGUUCAAGUGGGUUUUGUUUUCCACCCAAAAACCAUACCAACAGUUCACCCAUUCAAAAAAGACCGUUCUCACAUCACACACAACCCAUCAAUCGAGCUUCAUCUUUAUCUUGUACAUCAAUUCCUGCAUCAAUUUUCCAACAUCAUCCACCAUCUGAAUCAUCACCCACACAAGUAGGCAAACUAGUUUCACCGGAUUCAGCUACACAAGCAUUGAGUCAUCAAAGUAAUUCAAGGUUUAAGACCUCGACGAUCAUACCUGGAUUUCUUUAUUUAGGACCUGAACCGAUUGAAAGUGAAGAUUAUGAAAAAUUAAAUCAAAUGAAAAUCAAACGAAUCUUAAAUGUAGCCAUUGAAGUUGAAUCAUAUAAAUCAAAUGAAACUGAUGAUCAUCCAAAUGAAACUGAAUUUAUUGAAAAAUAUAUGAAGAUUUCAUUGAGAGAUUUUGUCGAAGAAGUAGGAGUACAGGAUGGAAUUGAUUUAGCUAAUAAGUUUUUAGGUAAAGCCAUUGCCAAAUACUUUUGA